AUGAAUCUCGAUGCCGGUCUGGGCCUUGGAUUCUAUCACGCAUUCUUUUUUAUCUGGUCUAGGAGGAAGAUAAAGAUGUCUCGAGCCUCGAAAUUGACAUUGGCCGCGACGGGCCUCGGAACCGCGGGCAUCGUCUACUUUGUGCACUGGUCACAGGAACAGGAGAGAGCGAACAUGCACAAGGGCGUCGAGCGGGACAUGGAGAAGCAGCGCGUGCGACAUGAACGACAGGCCGAUUUCGAAAUGCAGAAGAGACUCGAGGAGGAAUACCUGAAGCUCCAGAAGGUUUCUCCCAUAGAUGUGUCGCCAGGCGGGGAUAAUAAUCCAGCGAAGGGGACAUGA